UACGGCCCUGAUUUCAUAUGCCGUUAAAUAUCAGCACACUCGCACCUAUCAGUAUCAAUUGGGAGUUAGGACAUCACCGGAUAACCAGUGUACGAAAACAAAUUAUUAUAUUUGAAAAUGUUGACAAAGAUUACCAUAAUUUUAGCUGUGAUCGGAUUAAGUUCAUGCGCAAAAAGUAUAGCCUUCUUACCGCCAAUACCUAAAGAAUUCGAGGGCAAGCAAGGUUGCUAUAUCAAAGAAGUCCAUGAUGUCGUGCCUUUUGGUACUGUUCUAACACCCAUCGGAAAUUGCGUGAGAAUCAGUUGUGGUGCAAGACAGAUUGACUACGCAACAUGCGGUACAGCAAUAACUACUAACCCCAAAUGUUUCGUCACGAAAGAAGAUUUGACCAAACCGUAUCCAAAUUGCUGUCCAACUGUCAAAUGUAUCUAGGAUAACCAUAUUUAAUUAUAUCCAUUGCAAAAUUAUUAUUAUAAAUGUGAUAAUAAUGCCCAAAUAAACAAUCUGUUUUAAAAGCUUACAGUUUCCAACAAAUUAUUAUAUAAUUGUUUAAGC